GUUAUGAACGUGGACCCAUUUACCAUUCUUCACAUGCGAACUAGCCAUAAAUCAUCUCUUCCAGAAGUUCUGAUGGAUUAUGUCUGGGCACAGGAAUGUUUUGAUUCCAGUGCCCAGUAUCCAGACGUGACCCAGGUAUCAGGAUCCUCGCUAAAGGCUUCGAGUCAGGCAGAUGACACGCUAAAAAAAGGAGCUAUUUUCCGGGAGAUGGCCUACUCAGGACGCAGGGCAUCGUAUUAUUUACUUCUCCGACUGCUUCUAUCACGACUGCCAGUUGUCGUGAGGACCAUGGUUUUAGGACUAGUCGACUUUCCUUACGGAGGUUAUACCCAUUCCUCUAUAUGGCAACAAAACCGUGACAGGCUCCUGAUCAUCUUGAGUUAGACGGAUCAGGCAUCCUUUGCUACGUUUGUGAAAUAUGCGGAUAUACUGUUCCUUACGUUGCGUUGUCAGUGUGUGUUAUUCUAAUCAUUGAAGGACAAGGUACAACGUGAUUGAACUGUACCAAGUAUUAAUAUAUGUUCCUCUCUCACUUUAAAUUCGGAGCAAGUAGCCCGCUUCUUCUUCACGUCGUCAACGCAUCGACGUUCAUACAGCGUCGACCUUCUAAACAUUCUAUGGCUAAUUUCAGAUGCCUAAAUCCACACUGCCAGGAAGUGAGUGUUUAUGGUACUUUUGUAGGUUUGAGAACGUGUUGACAUCACGAUGGACGUAUGUCGGUUCCUGGCAUUGUUCCUGAGGUACGUUUUCAACAUUCAUCUCACCCUAACUCCGUCACCAGACAUAGAAUGUCCACAUGCUCGAACCGCAUGCAUGGGGAAGCACAGGGAGAUGAGACUCAAUUGGAGUGGGCUGCUUUGCCAAAUCAUCUGACACUGGCUCUAAGAUGAUUCGAAGAUGUAUAUAUUUGGAUUCUGGACGCUCAACACCCCAGCGAUCUCUCGACAUUGAGACUCGAGAGCAAAUGAUUUGCUACGCUUUACGUACUACCUUGUCGAUAUGAAUUUUCAAAGGUUGCUAAUCUAUGUCAAUGUAUUUCCACCUUAUGAG